AUGAACCUUUCAUACGGAGCUCCCGUGUCCAGAAAGCACAUCAUUUCCCCCAGUGAGGCAUCUUCUGCCAUAACGUCCCCAACUCAUUCCAUUGCAUCAAGUAGAAUGCCCCCGAGACAUGAAUUCGAUAGAGCCCCCAAAGAUUUUGAUGAAGACAACUUUGAGAAGAGAUCAUCUAACACCCGUUACGCGGACAAUAAAGAUGAAACUGAAACGAUUGAAAUCGCGCCCGGGAUUACGGUGGAGGGAUCGGUAGCAGAUUUG